AGCCGACAACCAAUGUCGCUGAACUUCACCAUCGAAGCGGCGCUCGUGCGGCAGGUGCGAAGCACUGCAACCGCUUGCUCUUUCGUCGACGACAACACAUUUGGUCCAUCAGUUGGCAAACAAUGCCGUGCCUUUGAUUUUACCUUGCUUUUCGAACAAGCAUUCUUGUCCUUUGUGCCUUCUCUUUUGCUCGUGCUAGGUUGCCUUUUCCGUUUGCGUGGGAUCCUCCGUCAAGAUGUGAAGACACUACGCAGCCGUCUGCAUACACUGCUGAACGCCUACCUGUUCUUCUCGGUACUGUUUGACGCCGUCCAGCUUCGAACACUGUGGAAAAUUCGUGAUCUGGAAACAGUCGCAAGCGUUUUCUCCUCGGCUUUGGCUCUAAAGCUCGUCCUUCUUGUCCUGGAAGCAUGGGAGAAAGACGCGUUACUUACACCGUCUUACCGCGACAUGGCUCCCGAGGCGAAAACCGGCCUCUACAAUCGCAGUGUCUUCUGGUGGCUCAAUCAUUUCCUGGCUGUUGGCUUCAAAAAAGCCAUUGCUUUCGAUGAUUUGUAUAGCCUCGAUGAUGCGUUGUCGUCCAAAGCACUGGCUGAAAAGGCUCAAGCAUCUUGGCGAAGAGUAGACAAGACCAAAGAGCAUGCCUUACUCUGGAACACUGUCGCCUGUCUCAAAUGGCCACUACUGGCCUCUAUUGUGUCCAGACUCGCACUGAUUGGUUUCAACUACUCGCAGCCCUUUCUGAUCACCCGGAUCAUCAACUAUGUCGAUGAUGCUGGAAGAGAUAAGAAUACAGGCUAUGGACUAAUUGGUGCCGCUGCGAUAAUCUACAUUGGCAUUGCGGUCUCCAAGGGACGCUAUCAGCACGCCAACUUCAGAUAUAUGACCAUGAUUCGAGGCUCGCUUUCUGCAUUGGUAUAUGAAAAGACUCUGGAUCUGCGAUAUACAGCUCUGGAAGAUGCGAGUCCUGUCAGCCUGUCAACUGAUGUGGAUUAUAUCGUCAGCAUAUCAGAGAUACUGCACGAACUCUGGGCCUCUACAUUCGAGAUGGUCAUUGCCAUGUAUCUGUUGGGUCGUGGCUCUGGAGUCGGGUGUGUUGCACCAGUAGUGCUCGCUCUAGCUAGCGUAGCCGCAAACACGUUCUGGGUAGGUCCUCGGAUGCGAAAAUGUCGGCCUAAAUGGAACGCAGCCAUCCAGCAGCGCGUGGCUCUGACUUCCUCAUUGCUCAAAGACAUGAAAGCACUGAAAAUGUUAGGUCUGACAAACAGGAUGCGAGUUUUGCUCCAAGAUCAGCGCAGGUUCGAGCUCAAGAAGUCUAUCGAUGUUCGAAGAUGCAUCAUUUGGCUUAACAUCUUUGGCAAUCUAAUGCCGAGUUUUGCGAAAGCCUUUGUCUUGAUGACUGUGGCGUUGCGAGCACGAGAAAGCGGCGAUGCACUUGAUGCGGCCACCGCUUAUAGCCUUAUUUCGCUCAUCAACUUGAUCGAUCAACCAUGGGGGACUGUUUCAGCGAGCAUACCUUCGUUUAUGGGAGGCAUCGGUUGCUUUGAGCGCAUCCAGAAAUUCCUGCUUGCCGACAAUCAGAGCGACGAUCGUAUCAUCAACGGCAGGAGCACUGCUGAACUGUCACCAGCAUCAUCUGCCAUCGAACUGCGGGCUAUGCCUGCUAAAGGAGCAAUACAUACUGGUAGUGACGCUUUCACUCUCGAUGAGUGCUCCUUUGGCUACUCUGACACUCCUGCACUCAAAGAUAUCACAUCUACAAUCAAGGAAGGUACCAUCAACAUGAUUGUAGGACCUGUCGGUUCUGGAAAAACCAGCCUGCUUCUUGGUUUGCUUGGAGAGAUCCAGAGUCUGAAAGGAUUUGUCCGUGUGCGCAAUGCGAAUAUUUCGUACUGCCAGCAAUCCGCUUGGUUGCCCAACCUGACCAUCAAGAGUAUCAUAACAGGGACCGUCCCAUACGAUCAUUCCUGGUAUCAGACGGUAGUUUACUCUUGUGGGCUCGACUCGGACAUACCUCGCUUGCGCGAUCGUGAUGAUACCCUGAUUGGAAGCCGAGGGCUGACACUAAGUGGUGGACAGCGUCAAAGACUCGCGCUUGCUCGUGCAGUAUAUGCAAGAAAAGCAAUCAUCUUACUUGACGAUAUCUUUAGCGCUCUAGAUGCAAAGACAGAGCAGCUUGUUUUCGAACGCUUGUUGUCAGAGCGAGGUCUUUUCAGAAAGCACAGUACGACGGUUAUACUUGCGACUCAUGCGGUACAUCACUUGCACGCUGCAGACCAUAUCAUUGCGCUUGGCAAAGACGGAUCUCUUGUCGAACAGGGAUCAUUCCAGCAGCUUAUGGCCAAGCAAGGCUAUGUCGAAACGCUAGCUAUCGAGCUCCGAGAUCAAUCUAACCACGAAGACGAGGCGGAGACGACAGAUGAAACUGAUCGCGCGGCGACGAGCGCUUCUGCACAAGAUAAAAUAGUCGCACUUGAUCGAAGGCUGGGAGACUUUUCAGUCUACAAAUAUUACGGAAAGCGUACAGGAUUGGCUCUGCUCAUGGCCUUUCUCGCCUGCCAGUUCACAAAAGUCAGCCUUAUGUCACUUCCAGAUCUGUGGGUACAAUUCUGGACAGAGGAUCGGGGUGCUCAAAUGAGCAUGUACAUAUCUGUCAUGUUCGUCAUAGCACUCUGUAGUAUUGCCUUCGUUUACGUUGCUCUAUGGGUUAUAAUGAUCAAGAUAGUCCCCAAAAGCGGAUUGAGAUUCCAUUGGACUUUACUUUCCACAAUCACCGCAGCACCACUCAGCUACUUUACGAAAACUGACGCCGGAGUUAUUCUCAACCGCUUCAGCCAAGACAUGACCAUCAUUGAUAGCGCGCUACCAGUAGCACUUCUCCAACUCAGCGGCGUCAUGUCUGAGAUAGUCUGGCAAGGCGCUCUAAUAUGCUACGGUGCGUACUACCUCGUAGCCUUCAUUCCUUUCGUCGGUGCAGUACUGUACGCGAUCCAGAAAUUCUAUCUUAGGACGAGUCGCCAGCUGCGCCUACUGGAUCUGGAGAUGAAGUCGCCACUAUUCACACACUUUUCUGAGACCCAAGAAGGCCUAGUCACUAUCCGAGCCUUCCAGUGGCAGUCUAGCUUCUACGCCGAUUUCAUCCACAAGUUAGAUGCAUCGCAGAGGCCUUACUACCUGCUUUACAUGAUCCAGCAAUGGUUGGGACUCUGCUUGGCUCUUGUGGUCGCUGGUAUAGCCAUCGUGUUAGUCGCAUUCGCAACCCAAUUCAAGCAUCAGUCUUCUGGUGGACAAAUCGGUGUGGCUAUGAUCUCUGUCAUGGGAUUCAGCUCUAGCCUCGCUGCACUGAUCUCCCACUGGACGACCUUGGAAACGUCCAUCGGAGCUGUUGCACGACUCAAACAGUUGGAGCUUGAAGUCAAGCCUGAGGAUCUGCCUUUUGAAUGCGAGGUACCGCACUCUUCAUGGCCAGAAGCAGGUGCUGUUGCCUAUGAAGGUGUAAAUGCAGGCUACGGUGAUGGCAAACCAGAUGUUUUGCACGACAUAUUUCUCGCCAUUCGCCCAGGCGAAAAGAUGGGCAUCUGCGGCAGGACGGGGUCGGGCAAAUCAACCUUGGUUUCUCUGCUCUUCAGGCUGCUGCCAGCUGGUGCCGGUAUUAUGGCCAUUGAUGGCGUUGACCUGUCAACCCUUCCUCGCCAGAAGAUCAGAGAAUCGGUCAAUGCAAUCCCUCAGGAGCCCUACAUUCUAUCUGGUACUGUUCGUUUCAACGCUGCGCCCCACUCUGCACCCUUCUCUUCACUCGACACCGACUCUUUUGACAACGCCGUCACAGAUACAGCCAUCAUUGCAGCGCUUGAAAGAGUGGAUCUUUGGGAUCUGAUAGCUCGUCGCGGCGGACUCAACACUCCGAUAUCUGAUCUCGGACUCAGCCACGGCCAGAAACAAGUCUUCUGUCUUGCUCGAGCCAUACUCAGAAAAAAGACUUCGAAGCUGUUGAUCUUGGAUGAAGCUACUUCUAGUGUGGACAAGCAUACUGACGAGCUUAUGAGACGAGUGAUUGAGGAUGAGUUUGAAGAUCAUACUGUGAUUAGUGUGGCACAUAGAUUGAGCAGUCUUGUUGGCUGCGAUCGAGUUGUCGUCAUGGAUGAAGGUAGGAUUGUGGAGGUGGGAGAGCCGAGUGCUUUGGCUAAGGUGGAAGGGGGUUGGUGGAGGAAGUUGUGGGAGGCGCAGAACUAG